CAUACAAGUUGCCUUCCAGUUACUGUUUGUUGUUUGUAUGUUAAUUAUGAGAAUAGUUUUCUCCAAACUUACGAGUAAAGUUUUUAGCAUACUAUUUAUCUUCAGAUUAACUUGUGGAAGCAGUCCCGGUGACAUAAUUUAGCUUCUUACUUUCUAGGUCAUGUUAGGUCUCAACCCUAGAAUUACCAAAUGUUGGGUACCAAAAUUUAUGUUGUAGUUAUUAACUUGACCUAGUAAUCAUUAUUUCUAGGUGAUCGGUUUGUAUGAAUGGUCUGGAAAUAAUUCGAUCAUUCCUGAAUUAUGGCUUGUCCCACAUUUUCUUCCAUUUCAUCCAGGUACUUGUUAUUUUGUGAGGGUAAAUAUUAUUAAAUCCUCGACAUAUAUUAUGCCCCUCACUACUAAAAUGUGCACUGACUUGCUAAGUUUUUUUCUACUAUCUAUCUUGUCCUUGUUUUUUUGUACAUUCACCGGUUAAUUUUCUUGAUUUUCUCCUUGUGAAUUUUAUACCGUACAUGACAAUAUUGACAUGUUGAUGCAUUCAUUUAUUCUCUAUUAACUAUGUCACUAAUUUUGAUUAAAUUUACAAUGUUACAUGGAGUUGUUAGCGAUAUAAGAAAGUAUUUAUUCCAAGCUGAUGUGUCCGUAAACUGUAGAUACUUGGAAAAUAUUUUAGUAGACUCAAACUUCGUUGCACCCAUUAUAUUCAGUGGACGCUGAUAUCUGGGAUUCCACCUGUUAAAAUGGUAAUAAGAAAUAGGACUUAAUUGUAAUGUAGUAUAAUAAAAUGCAAAUAUAUAUGUGAUUGAUAGUUUUGAAACUUGACAUGUAACUUUGUGAAAUGUUUUCGAUCAUUUAUGACCACUUAGGGUAGUGUGGUGCCCUGGGGGAUAGUUGUCCCCCCAUUUCGGGGCUACCUUACAAUCAUUGUGCCUUAUUAGAUUGUUACUGGUGGAAAGAUAUAUGGUCACAUGAAUUCCUAGGAUGGUGUGGACGGUGGUUGAAGGAGUACGCUAACCCCCAAGGGUAGUAAAUCCACACUCUUCGGUGUUAUUAUGAGUGUAAGUUGAGAACAUGCAUACAGCCGAUGAUGGUUCUAUACUAGUAAGUAACAUGUGUUACUUCUUUGUUUUGAAACUUUAAUUCUUAAGUGCUAUGUUUUGUUGUUUAUGUGGCUAAAAGGUAAUGAAUCAAGAACCAUUCAGCACUCAACAUCUCCAAGAAUGCGUUUGGAUGUUGCAUUUAUGAUCAUUUUUUAUUAAGGUGAACUUUAUCUUCCACAGGACGAUUCUGGUGCUUUUGCCGGUUGGUUUAUAUGCCAAUGUCUUAUCUUUAUGGAAAGAAGUUUGUUGGUCCAAUUACACCAACAAUAUUGGCAAUAAGGGAGGAGCUAUAUAGCACACCAUACCAUGAGGUCAAUUGGAAUAAAGCACGUGUUACUUGCGCCAAGGAAGACCUUCGUCAAACACAAUCAUUGCUGCAAAAUGUUAUUUGGACAUGUCUUAAUAAAUUUGUGGAACCAGCAUUGAAUUGCUGGCCAAUUAAUAAGCUAAGAGCCAAAGCACUGAAAAAUCUCAUGAAACAUAUGCAUUAUGAAGAUGAAAGUACUCAAUAUAUCGGUAUAUCUCCAAUUAACAAGGCACUAGAUAUGAUUUGUUGUUGGAUUGACGAUCCAAAUUCAGAUGCACUGAAGUUACAUAUUCCAAGGAUCUAUGAUUAUUUUUGGCUUGCAGAAGAUGGCAUGAAAGCACAGGUGUACGAUGGUUGUCAAAGUUGGGAGAUAGCUUUUAUUAUCCAAUCCUAUUGCUCAACGGACCUUGUUAAUGAGUUUAUUCCAACACUUAAAAAAGCCCAUGAGUUCUUGAAAAGUUCACAGGUUCUUGAGAACCAUCCCGACAGCGAAGCUUAUUACCGCCAUAGAUCGAAAGGUUCAUGGACACUUUCAACAGCAGAUAAUGGCUGGUCCGUAUCAGAUUGCACCGCAGAAGCACUUAAGGCAUUAUUUCUAUUGUCAAAGAUCUCUCCCAAUCUUGUGGGGGAGCCCAUAAAAGGACAAAGGUUGUAUGAUGCAGUGGAUUGCUUACUUUCUUUCACGGUUCUCAACCCUUCGGAGUCAUUUUUGAAUAUUAUGGUCGAUUAUCCAUCUGUCGAAUGCACAUCAUCAGUGCUUGAAGCCUUGAUUAUGUUUAGUGAAAUUUACCCGGGGUACCGCAAAGCUGAGAUAGAAAAAUGCAUAAAAAAUGCUUCCAUGUUUAUUGAGGAUAGUCAACGAAAGGAUGGCUCAUGGUUUGGCACUUGGGGUAUAUGUUUCACUUAUGGAACAUUCUUCGCUGUAAAAGGAUUAAUUGCCUCUGGAAGUACAUAUGAAAAUAGUUCCUUCAUAAGCAAAGCAUGCAACUUUCUGUUAUCAAAGCAGCUAAGUACAGGUGGAUGGGGUGAGACUUAUCAUUCUAGUGAAACUGAGGCUUAUGUGGUUGCUACUAGUCCUCACGCAGUCAACACUGCAUGGGCAAUGUUGGCUUUAAUUUAUGCUGGGCAGGUAUGUUUUGUUAACAAUUCAUUUUUAAACUAUUCUGAUAUCCAUAUGAUAUUUCCAUACCAUGGUCAUUCUAUUCAGGUAGAACGAGAUCCCACACCACUAUAUCAUGCUGCAAAAGAAUUGAUGAAUAUGCAACUAGACACAGGGGAGUUUCCCCAGCAAGAACAUGUUGGGUGCUUCAAUUGCUCCUUUUACUUCAACUAUGGCAACUACUGCAACUUAUAUCCCAUUUGGGCUAUUGGAGAGUUUCGUCGUCGACUACUUGAGAAGAACUGAAACCGAUGAACACUAUAUGUUACUUCAUUGCUCGUAGGUGUAACCGUGCCUAUUGCAAAAGGAAGUAUAGACAAACUACAUAUAUGUAAAACAUAUAUCCUUAGCACCAAUUGACUAAGGAAAAACACACUAGAGAACAUUGGUAUCUUAUGUACUAUAAUGAUAUGAAAUGUGAAUUAUGUUGCUCUGCGUGGUU